AUGCACUCCAGCGGCUCCUUUAGAGGACCAGGUUCACAUGACCCCGCGCGGUCACAUGGCUCUUCAGACAACAUGGCUGCGCCCGGUUCGGGGUUCCCUUGGCCACGCCGGUUCCCUCCGGUGCUGCUCCCGCUGCCGUUGCUGCUGAUUAUUGGGGCGGUGGGAGCGGCCAGGGGCUUGGGCUCGGAGUCCGGAUCCCGCGCAGCUGAUGCGGCCCACGCGGCAGGGACAUGUGGCUGCGGCUCUCCCCAGCGCCCCGGGACGGCGGCGCACAGAUACUCCCGGGAGGCGAACGUGGCUGAGCGGGCCUCUGCGGAACGGCCAGUGCUGACCCCGCAGAUGGCCCACAUUCCUGCAGGUGUAUUUACGAUGGGCACAGAUGAACCUCAAAUAAAGCAGGAUGGAGAAGGACCUGCCAGGAGAGUCAGAAUUAACUCCUUUUACAUGGAUCUGUAUGAAGUCAGUAAUGCUGAAUUUGAGAGAUUUGUGAACUCCACUGGUUAUGUUACAGAGGCAGAGAAAUUUGGUGAUUCCUUUGUCUUUGACAGCAUGUUGAGUGAUCAGGUGAAGAGUGAUAUCCAUCAGGCAGUUGCAGCUGCUCCAUGGUGGUUGCCUGUUAAAGGAGCUAAUUGGAGACAUCCAGAAGGCCCCGAUUCUUCCAUUUUGCACAGACAGGAUCACCCAGUUCUACACGUCUCCUGGAAUGACGCGGUUGCAUACUGCACUUGGGCUGGAAAGCGGUUACCCACAGAAGCCGAAUGGGAGUAUAGCUGCAGAGGGGGCCUGGAGAAUAGACUUUUCCCAUGGGGCAACAAGCUGCAGCCAAAAGGUCAACAUUAUGCCAACAUAUGGCAGGGAGAGUUCCCUGUGAGCAACACCGGUGAAGACGGCUACCAAGGAACGGCGCCUGUUACUGCCUUUCCUCCCAAUGGGUAUGGUCUGUACAACAUAGUGGGGAAUGCUUGGGAGUGGACCUCGGACUGGUGGACUGUUCAUCAUUCUGCUGAUGAAACUCUUGAUCCCAAGGGGCCCCCGUCCGGGAGUGACCGAGUGAAGAAGGGAGGAUCCUACAUGUGUCAUAAGUCCUACUGUUACAGGUACCGCUGCGCCGCCCGCAGCCAGAACACGCCGGACAGCUCGGCUUCCAACCUCGGCUUCCGCUGUGCCGCUGACCGGCUCCCGGAUACAUGAUCCAAGGCGAGGAGGGGAGGAGGCCCUGGAUGAGCUUUCCCGGCGGGCUUCGAGGUGACUGAGCUCUGGUGGCUGAAAUGCCCCGAUUUCGGCAGUUUCUGCCCCCGCUAAGCCGCGGGCCAAAGGACCAUCCCCUUCCCUCUCCUCCCCUCCCCUUCCCCCAGGAGGCCCAGUCCCUGCCUCCAGCCUUCCGUAGCCCGCCUUCAUUGUGCCGCAGCUCUGCUCGGAGCUGCCAUUUUAGCAUUGUUUGGGGGGCGGGGGUCUUUACAGAGAAAACUGGGGACUUCGAAGAGGAAUGUAUGGCAAAUCUGUUUUUGAGCCCAGAUGGUUUUACAGGUGUCGGCCUUGCGGGAUAGUAAUCACGUAAAUAAGAGUCUUCUCCCGUCAGGCCUCAAGGGGCGGGAGGCGGGACGACUACUCAUUAGCACUUUUUUCUUCUUUAAGGACGGGAGAUGGGACUGAAUUUUGGGACAGUGAUUCCCUCUUGGGAGGCGGGGAUGGUGGGCUGCCGUUUGGCUCGGGGUCCCGAAGGCCCGAGGUGGGAUGAUUCUGUAGUGCUGUGUCUUUUAAACAUGAAGUGCCUUUAGUUUGGAGGGGCAGCCCCGUGCUUGAGCCCCAUUUUUCUUUUUGCCUGUCUUUGGUGAAUGUGGCAUUUGAGGUCUGUGCCCAGGCCUUGUUUAUUCUAAAUACAGGAGUGUUGGGGAAAGGCCUUGAAAGAAUCAGAUUCCCACCGUCCAGUAUUCUUAAUUAAAGAGUUGGGCACCUAGUGGGUGUCAGGAUAACAGAUGCUUUGAAUUGUGCACUAUUUUGAAUAAAUCACUGUGGGCUUAA